AGGCCCCUCCCAUGAAUGUCCUCCGAGCUGAUACAGCUCAGACUACAGCCAUUUAACAUAACUGAUGGUAGGAAUUUAAAUACCUCAGGGAGUAAAAGAGCUCAACUCGAGCAGCGCUUCGUCAAAAAAGACGUCAUCCAGCCAACCACGUCCACAGUGUUUGCGACUCUUCAGACCUGCAGCAGUCGGUGUCGGAGCUUCACCUCAUCCCCUCCCAAACAUCCCCACUCUGCCGCCAGCCCUUUCCUCUCCCCACUUUUCCCCCAGGGAACAUUCUUCUGCAGGCCACAUUUAAAAAAACAACGAGCUAUUGGCUCAGAAGAGAAGGAAAUCUGUGCGUUGUGUUCUUCAGCACCAGGGAUAGCGAGAGCAAGGAUCGACAUGGCUCCGAUUGUAGAGAGCGGGGACAGCCUUGAUGGUAUACCUGCUCUUAUAGGGAUAGCCAGUGCUUUUGCCCUGAUAUUUACGAUGUCCAUGUUUGCGUGGAUCUGUUGUCAACGCAAAUCUUCAAAAUCUAAUAAAACCCCUCCCUACAAAUUCGUUCACAUGCUGAAGGGAGUCGACAUAUACCCUGAGAAUCUUAGCAACAAAAAGAAAUUCGGGGCCGAUGACAAAUCGGACUCUAAAGAAUCUUCAAAAGCCAAACUGCCAAAGAACUCGCUCCAUUUAGACCUGGAGAGCCGUGAUCAGAAUGGAAAUUUCACGAAAACUCCAGCCAAAGUCCGGAGCUCCCCAGAAAUCGAGAGCGUUCACCCCAAGGCAUUCUCAGAAGGCGAGAAUAACAGUGUAUCAUCCGAGACCUCCGCCUCGGACAAGUCAUUGGCUCCUUCUGAAGAGGAAAACCGUGGACCCAAACUGGGAUCCUUGAGAUUCUCCUUAAAGUACAACUUGGACAAGAAGGCGUUGCUGGUGAACAUUAUAGAGGCCCGCGGUUUGCCAGCCAUGGACGAGCAGUCCAUGACCUCUGAUCCUUACAUUAAAAUCUCCAUCCUGCCAGACAAGAAGCACCGAGUCAAAACACGCGUCCUCCGGAAAACCCUGGACCCGGCUUUUGACGAAACGUUCACGUUUUACGGCAUCCCUUACAGCCAAGUGCAGGACCUGUCUCUUCAUUUCCUAGUGCUGAGUUUCGACCGGUUUUCGAGAGACGAUGUCAUCGGCGAGGUGUUGGUGCCAAUGUCAGGAAUCAAUCUCACGGAAGGAAAAGUGCAGAUGAACAGGGACAUCACCAGGAGAAACUGCCGGAAAUCAGUGGGUCGUGGAGAAUUAUUAGUGUCCCUUUGCUACCAAUCUACCACCAAUACCCUGACUGUUGUUGUACUAAAAGCUCGUCAUCUGCCGAAAAAUGAUGUGUCUGGAUUAUCAGCUGCUGACCCUUAUGUCAAAGUCAACCUGUACCAUGAUAAGAAAAGAAUAUCAAAGAAAAAGACCCAUGUUAAGAAGUGCACCCUGAAUCCAGUGUUUAAUGAGCUCUUUGUCUUUGACAUUCCAUGUGAGGGGAUUGAAAACAUCAGUGUUGAGUUCCUGGUCAUUGAUUUUGACAGAAUGAUGAAGAAUGAAAUUAUUGGGCGCCUCGUGCUGGGAACAUCAGUAGAAGGGACAGUAGGAGAGCAUUGGAGGGAGAUCUGUGAGCAUCCAAGGCGACAAAUAGCCAAAUGGCAUUGUCUGAGUGAUGGUUAGCAUCAAAAUGGAGGGUUGGACUUUAUUGUUUGGUAGGCAAGGAACAAGCUGUGCAUUAACCAACCCAAAGCCUUUCUGAAGAAUUUUCAAUUUAUACUAAAUAUACAUAAUUUGUACAUCUGAUUGUGGUAAAUAUUGUGAUCUGUACUGUAUAAGAUGAUGUGUACUGUAUAAGAUGAUCUUGUUUGCUAACAUUAUAAAUAGAUUCAAGGUAGCUAGUAGAAUGGUAGGCAUGUAUGUUCGCAUUUUGUGUGGCUGUUCACAUUAGGGAGUAUGUUUCUGGGGAUUAAACUUUUAGGAUGUAA